GGUCAGGAGGCGCUGGGUACGGUCACAGAGGUGCCUUCGACUGAAGGUUUGAUCGUGAGUUCGACAUCUCCGGCUCCGAGGCCGAUUCCUGGAGUUGACAUAGAAUGCAACUCGAACACCAUCCAGAUCACGCUUGGUCAGCACCACAAUUUCAACGGGAUGAUAUACCCGAAGGGCCUCUCGAAGAACUCUUCGUGCAUGGUGGAGUACACGAACGUGAACGAUAAAAUUGUCUACACGUUGCCUUUGAGGAGCUGUAACACCAUGAGCACCGACGUUGAUGACGGCGUCGAGUACUUCAACACUGUCGUCGUACAGCCUCACCGGAAGCUUGUUACCAAUCUGGGCAAGGGCUUCCAUAUUCGUUGUCGGUACCAGACUAAAGAGCGACAGGUCACCAACAACUUCAAUGUCAGCCAACUGGGCACUACACCGCUCGUUGCGACCGCACCCAUGCCGGACUGCACCAUGAAAAUUUAUGUGGGCAACUCCGAGCAAGAAGUUGUGGCUGAAAACGUCAAGAUCGGUGAUCCCCUCACACUAGUCAUCAAUAUCGACUUACAAGACGUGUACGGAAUGCGUGUCACCAACUGCGUGGUCCGCGACGGGCUCAACUGGGGCGAGCAACCGCUCAUCAACAAUGAAGGAUGUCCCAUAGACCAAGAUAUAAUGGGCGCUUUCGACUACUCCGAAAAUAAAACAAAAGCGCUGGUCACUUUCCAAGCGCAUAAAUUCCCGUACACCGCUUCGGUGUAUUAUCAGUGCAAUGUGAAACUGUGCCUCAAGGCCUCCGGCGGCUGUGAUGACGUUCCGCCCAAUUGUGACCCUCAGCUCACUGGGCUAGUCAGUCGGAAGCGAAGGGAUGUCGGGACCGUUCGCGAUCUCGACGCGGUGGACGCCGAUGUCCGGGACAUGAACAUAGAAGUAUUCUCCGGCCUCUACGUCAACGAGGCGGUCGAUGCCGAGCCCGAGGCCACUUCGGCCUCGUCGAUCUCGUCGGCGUCACAGUUUGACUUCUGCUUGUCGACGAGGAAAUUCGCUAUCGGAAUCGCCGUCCUAGGGCUCUUAUUGAUGCUGAUCGUCAUGCUCCUGAUCGCCUGUAUCUUGCACAGACGUCGCCGCAAACAGGCGCCUUCGGUUGCUUCGUCAAUCUAUUCAGGACACCCGUAUUCGAGCUCGGCGCAAUCCACUUACUCCAACCGAGCGUACAGCCAUUAGUAUAAUCACUUGCGAAUCUGCGGAGAAAAGCGCUCGCUGCGAAACUGUGGACCCGCGAGUCGGUUGGACGGACGGAAAACCCGACAGAUAGA